AUGGAUUCCACAACUGCGACUACGGUCCUCCUGCUGCUCGCCACCUCCUCUGGAGCUGUGGUCGACACUCCUCUGAGCGCCUACAUGUGGCUCCUCAUCGUGGGCUUCAUCAUCGCUUUUGUCUUGGCCUUCUCUGUGGGCGCCAACGACGUGGCAAACUCCUUUGGCACCGCGGUGGGCUCGGGAGUGGUCACGUUACGACAGGCCUGUAUCUUAGCCACAGUGUUUGAGACUUUGGGCUCAGUGCUCCUUGGCGCCAAAGUGAGCGAGACGAUCCGGAAGGGCAUCAUCGACGUGGGAAUGUACAACGGCUCGGAGCAGGUGCUGAUGGCGGGCUCUGUUAGCGCCAUGGUGGGCUCUGCGGUGUGGCAGCUGGCGGCCUCCUUCCUCAAACUCCCCAUCUCUGGGACGCACUGCAUCGUGGGAGCCACCAUCGGCUUCUCGCUGGUAGCCAGAGGGCAGCAGGGCGUCAAGUGGUUUGAACUGCUCCGCAUCGUGGCCUCCUGGUUCCUCAGCCCUCUGCUCUCUGGUGUCACGUCUGGAAUAGUGUUUUACUUUGUUCGAAUAUUUAUCCUUCAGAAGAAGAACCCUGUCCCCAACGGAUUAAAGGCUCUGCCUGUUUUCUAUGCCUUAACGAUGGGAAUCAAUCUGUUCUCCAUCCUGUUCACCGGAGCUCCGGUGCUUGGAUUUGACAAGUUCCCGUGGUGGGGGCUCCUCCUGAUCUCUGUGGGCUGCUCAUUACUCACUGCUGUCAUUGUGUGGUUUAUAGUCUGCCCCUUCCUCAAGAAGAAGAUAGAAAGAGACGUCAAAUCCUCCAAUCCUGUAGAGAGUCCUCUGAUGGAGAAGCGGGAGCUCUCUGAAGCUCCUGCUGCAGACCAGGCCUCUGCUGCUGUAGACCAGGCCUCUGCUGCUGCAGACCAGGCCUCUGCUGCUGUAGACCAGGCCUCUGCUGCUGUAGACCAGGCCUCUCUUGCUGCAGACCAGGCCUCUCCCGCUGCAGAGCCCCAGGAGGAGGAGGGGGAGGAGCACAGGGUGUCAUGUGACAUCAGUGGUGGUGAAGCUGCGGACAGUAAUAAAGAACGCAGAGUGGCGUUUAACAUCGGAGAGUCAGACGCUGAAGACGACAGUGACGGCGUCCUGGACCAAGUCCAGUCCAACAACCAGCUGAACCAGCAGCACUCGCUCUGCAACGGCUCCUCUAACGUCUCCCACCAGGCGCAGUUCAGCAACCGGCCGGCUCAGGCGCCCAGUAACGGGUACUCGCAGUACCACACUGUGCACAAAGACUCGGGCCUCUACAAGGACCUGCUGCACAAGCUGCACCUGGCCAAAGUGGGCGACUGCAUGGGGGAGGGCGGCGAGCGCAUUAGGAGGAACAACAGCUACACCUCCUACACCAUGGCCAUCAUCGGGAUGCACGGGGACUUUAGGCACCGAGAACCAGACUUCAGAGCUGAGGGUAGAGACAGAGCCAGUGCGGCAGGAGGCGUCAGGAAGCGCAUCCGCAUGGACAGCUACACCAGCUACUGCAACGCUGUAGCAGAGAACACGGCUCCUGAGGGCCUGGCGGAGGGAGAGGUUGUGGUGGAGCUGGGGCAGAGCAGCACUCAGAGCUCUGUGGACGAUGAUGGCCCAGAGGCCGACAAGCCUGAGGUCUCUAUCCUCUUCCAGUUCCUUCAGAUCCUCACUGCCUGCUUUGGUUCCUUUGCUCAUGGAGGAAACGAUGUGAGUAAUGCCAUUGGCCCGUUGGUGGCGCUGUGGCUGGUCUACACCACGAGCAGUGUGAACUCAACAAAUCCCACCCCGGUCUGGUUGCUGCUGUACGGAGGAGUGGGCAUCUGUGCUGGACUCUGGGUCUGGGGUCGACGAGUCAUGCAGACCAUGGGCAAAGACCUCACCCCCAUCACCCCCUCCAGCGGCUUCAGUAUUGAAUUGGCAUCAGCUCUGACCGUCGUGAUCGCAUCAAACAUUGGUUUACCAGUGUCCACAACGCACUGCAAGGUUGGCUCGGUGGUUGCAGUUGGAUGGAUGCGUUCUCGUAAAGCGGUGGAUUGGCGUUUGUUCAGAAACAUCUUCAUGGCGUGGUUUGUCACGGUCCCCAUCUCCGGCCUCAUCAGUGCCGCCAUCAUGGCUGCCUUCAUCUACAGCCCCCUGCUCUAG